CGCCUGUCUGGUCUGAAGUGUAGGGCCGAGCCCCGCGCGGUGGGGGAGUCGCGUCCCGGGUCGCCCGGCCAGGCCGGGCGGCGGCGCUGGGCUCGGCCCGGGAGCCUGGCGCGCCGCGGCGGGGAGCCCGAGUGCGCGCAGCCCGGGGCGCCGCCGCCGGGCGGGGGCCGCUGCUGCUCCGCUCGGCGCCCGGGCGCCUGUGCUGCAGCUGUCGGCCACCGGAGGGGGCGAACAAACGUCAACCUGUUGUUUGUCCCGUCACCAUUGAUCAGCUCUCCGCGCCACGAGGAAGUGCGGCCGCCCCCCGCGCGGAGAGCGCGGCAUGCAGGAAGUUUGCGGAGAGCUCGGCGACUAGCGCGGAGGCCAGGGCCAGCGAGCGCGGGCGCGCGUCCCGGGAGCCUGUCCCGGCUUUUUCUUGGAGCGACGCUGUCCCCGGGUCUCUGAUCCCAAUGCACCGGCUCAUCCUUGUCUACACGCUAGUCUGCGCAAACUUUUGCAGCUACCGGGACACUUCUGCCACCCCGCAGAGCGCAUCUAUCAAAGCUUUGCGUAACGCCAACCUCAGGCGAGAUGAGAGCAAUCACCUCACAGACUUGUACCGAAGAGAUGAGACCAUCCAGGUGACAGGACACGGCCACGUGCAGAGUCCCCGCUUCCCAAACAGCUACCCUCGCAACCUGCUUCUGACAUGGCGGCUCCACUCCCAGGAGAAAACAAGGAUACAGCUAGCCUUUGACAAUCAGUUUGGAUUAGAGGAAGCGGAAAAUGAUAUCUGUAGGUAUGAUUUUGUAGAAGUUGAAGACAUAUCUGAAACCAGUACUAUUAUUAGAGGACGAUGGUGUGGACACAAGGAAGUUCCUCCAAGGAUAACAUCAAGAACAAACCAGAUUAAAAUAACGUUCAAGUCUGAUGACUACUUUGUGGCUAAACCUGGAUUCAAGAUUUAUUAUUCUUUUGUGGAAGAUUUCCAACCUGCAGCAGCCUCAGAGACCAACUGGGAGUCAGUCACAAGCUCUAUCUCAGGGGUAUCCUAUCACUCUCCAUCAGUAACGGACCCCACUCUCACUGCGGAUGCUCUGGACAAAACCAUUGCGGAAUUUGAUACUGUGGAAGAGCUGCUCAAGCACUUCAAUCCAGAAUCAUGGCAAGAAGAUCUUGAGAAUCUGUAUUUGGAUACCCCUCAUCAUCGAGGCAGAUCGUAUCAUGACAGGAAGUCAAAAGUUGACCUGGACAGGCUCAAUGACGAUGUCAAGCGUUACAGUUGCACUCCCAGGAAUUACUCCGUCAACUUGAGAGAAGAGCUGAAGCUUACCAAUGUGGUCUUCUUUCCACGCUGCCUCCUUGUGCAGCGUUGCGGAGGAAACUGUGGCUGCGGAACUGUCAACUGGAAGUCCUGUGCGUGCAAUUCAGGGAAAACUGUGAAAAAGUAUCACGAGGUGUUAAAGUUUGAACCUGGCCAUUUCAAGAGGAGGGGCAGAGCGAAGCACAUGGCUCUCGUUGACAUCCAGUUGGAUCACCAUGAGCGGUGCGACUGUAUCUGCAGCUCAAGGCCACCUCGAUAAGAGAAUGUGCAUGUACUUUCAUUAAACACGAAAGAACCUUUAUUUUGAGAAGGGUGUGGUAAGAGGCCCCUUUCCCACCAGCAACCGAACUUACUAUUAGCCUGCAAAGCGAUGAAUACAAGUGGUUGCUGACUUUCAACCUAGCUUUGUUAGUGCCAUGACAAGUAGAAAGGUGUACCAUCAACCUCUAUAUCCAAGAAUAUAGGAUUGCAUUUAAUAAUAGUGUCUGAGGAUACAUAUAUAUAUAUCAUCUCCAUGUCUCUGUGUAAAUAGACCAAAUGGUUUACUCAGUAUAUAUAACCAGGUACACCAGUGCUUACAUAUGGUUUAAUUAUUUAGACUCUUAAAAUCUGACAAAAUAAGGGACAUAGUAAAUACAUUAAACAUGUCUUUGGAAGAUUUGGAAGAUUAAUUUGUUUAUUUUUAAGUUUUGAAUCACAAAACAGUUUUGGAUCUUGCUCUUUUAAAGAAAGCACAUUUUAUAUUAAAAAUCAAAUAAAUGAG